AUGGCUAAACUGGAAAAGGAGAUAAAUGCAUUCAAAGACAGAUACGAUCCUUCUCGUAGAAUGUCAGCCGAAAAGGAAAUUAAGGAUAAUAAACCAACAGUCAAGAGAAAUCGGCAACAGGAAAAUAUAAGAAAACUCAGCAGAAAACCUGGUGUUAGAUUGGCGAAGCCUGCGGUGGUCGUCAUUGCGAAUAAGCCAGAAAGUAAUUUAACAUACGCCGAAAUACUUGGAAAGGCGAAGGAGAUUAUUGUUCCCGAGGAUCUAGGCAUUGAGCGUAUGCGAAUGAGAAGAGCGGUCAAUGGAGCCAUUGUGCUGGAAAUCCCUGAACCCAAAGGAAGACAGUUGGCGAGCAAUCUUCGCUCUAAUUUACAGGAAGUUCUAAAGGAUGAUGCGAAGGUGAGCAACCCGGUAGCGACUGGAGUGUUAAGGUUAAGAGGUAUCGACUUAGAUACUACGGAGGAUCAAGUUAAAAGUAAAGUCGAGGAAAUCAGUGGCUGUCGACACGAUGAAAUUAAGAUAAACAAUACAAGUACUAUGCGUGACGGUAUGAGAGCGGCGUGGGUCGAAUGCCCAAACGCCCAGUACAGUGUUAUAGAUGCUGGAGAUUCGGGCAUGUUCGGACCAAUUGUAGAUCAGAGAUCGAUCGUACUGGUCGUUGUUUUAGAUGUGGCUCGGCAGGACAUCCUGCGCAUAGUUGUACUGCCUAAAUGUGCUGUGUGUAUGGAAAUGAAAAAGGAACACAGCCAUAGGUUAGGGUCCCCGGUAUGUUUAGAAAAUCAGGGCUUCCAUGGUAGUACAGUGAACCUACGUAAGGUUCAGCAGUUGAGUAACAAGCAAACAUGA